GCCGCGUUCCGCUGCCCGCGCUCCUCCUCCGCCGCGGCCUCUGGCGCUGAGUGGCGGCAGGGUAUGGAGGCGAAGGCGGCGCCCACGCCAACUACAGACGGCGCGUGCUCGGUGUCGGCAGAGGAGACCGAAAAGUGGAUGGAAGAAGCGAUGCACAUGGCCAAAGAAGCCCUAGAAAAUACUGAAGUUCCUGUUGGCUGCCUUAUGGUCUACAACAAUGAAGUUGUGGGGAGGGGAAGAAAUGAAGUUAACCAAACCAAAAAUGCCACUCGACAUGCAGAAAUGGUGGCCAUCGAUCAGGUCCUCGAUUGGUGUCAUCGAAGUGGCAAGAGUCCAUCUGAAGUGUUUGAACACACUGUGUUGUAUGUCACUGUGGAGCCGUGCAUUAUGUGUGCAGCUGCUCUCCGCCUGAUGAAAAUCCCGCUGGUUGUGUAUGGCUGUCAGAAUGAACGAUUUGGUGGUUGUGGCUCUGUUCUAAAUAUUGCCUCUGCUGACUUACCAAAUACUGGGAGACCAUUUCAGUGUAUCCCUGGAUAUCGGGCUGAGGAAGCAGUGGAAAUGUUGAAGACCUUCUACAAACAAGAAAAUCCAAAUGCACCAAAAUCGAAAGUUCGGAAAAAGGAAUGUCAGAAAUCUUGAACUUGUUCUGAUGAAAGAACCAAGUGACCCAAAGUGACCUGGACAAGAUUCCUAGAUCGAGAGCUGUUGACAUCGUUGAAUCAUAUGUUUAUAUAUUGUUUUUAAUCUGUGGGAAAAUGGUGUCUCUCAUCAUUUUCUCUGUUAAGGGAACAAAUUAGCACUUUUUAGAAGCCUGACAAUUGUAAACAAUUAGUAGCUUUUCCACAAGCUGAUCCCCAUCUUAGGAUGGGGGAAAAUUAAGGUUUGAGGUUUUAGAAAUUAGCAAGUAGUACGUUCCCUUCCAGCCACAACAUUGUGCCCGGUCCAGGCAAGUGCUGACUUUUUAGAGAAUGUGUGGCCAGACCCAGGUAACCUGGCGUGUGUCUGGGCUGCAGUGUGCCACCCUGAGAACACCGCCAGGACUGGCAUUUCACAGUCAGAGUUAACAUUUUUUGCAGCUACCAUGUUCUCACAGGGCACUGGGGGCUGUGACUUCUCUCUAAAUUGUAUACGAGUUGUGUAUAUAUAGACCAUAGUUAUAUGAUCCUUAGAAAAGACUUUGCUUUUAUAAAGCAUUUAGGGAAAAUGCAUACUUUUAAAACAAGUGCUUGAGUUGUCAUUUAAAAAUUGUAGCAUAUUGCUAUAAUAAAACCUUAUUUAUGUCUUCUUUGAAGAUGAAUAGUCUUAAAAGAUAAAGACAUAAAUGGGAGGAUGGUUAUUGAGCAAAAAAGCAAAUGAUCCCGCCCUCGUAGAGCUGAUAUUCUCGCAAGGGGAGAUGGAUAUAAUAGAUUACACAGUUUAUUGGAAGACAAUAAGAGUUAUGGCAAAAAGCAAAAGGAACACAGGGUAAAUGGGCUAGGCGUGCCAGUUGGUGGUGAGAAUGCUGGCUGAAAAACAGAAUGGUCAAUUUAAUCUUAAACCAAAUAGUUAUGCCUUUAAAAAUCCAUAUAAUAAAUUUAAAAUUUGAAAUCUAAAAUGUAAACCUCUGAACACCACACUGGAAAGGGUAUCCACAGCAGAAUUCCCGCGUUCACCUCCCUGACUGCAGGGCAGCUUUGCAUAGCUCCACUGGGCGUACUGUGUGCCUCUGCCCAGAAGGGGGCCUCGCCGUUCCACCAGAAGCCCAGCUGGACUGGAGGGGCUGCUGCUCCUCUGUUGCAUUUCUUCCGUAGAUUCAUUUCCUUGAUGCAAAGCAUCUGUAUUUGUUGGUUCUGCCAUUUGAGCAAUGUCUCUGACUUGUUUGUUUUGAAUUACAUUACAGGCUGGAAUGUAAUUGUGGUGAAAGUAUUUUUAUAUUGCUGAGAGUAGCAGCUAAUCACAGUUACAUGCUUCAGAGGAUUUAUAAUUGCUUGGUUUUUUGUGUGUGUGUUUUUAACUGCAUUUGAGAAGUUUUAUGGAGAAGAAUAUGCAUGAUUUUAAAUCUAAAAUAAUGCUAUAUGCACCUUCAAUUUCAUCCACUUUAAAAAUUAUCUUCUCAUUAAAUUUUAGUGCUUUGACUACUUUGUUCCGUUUUGCAGUUGCUCAUAAUUUAUUUCUGGCUUCUUUUGCUUUUCUGUAAGCAGAUUUCAUUGCACUUAUUGUGUUCAUAUCAUUUUAUUGGAGAUUAUUUGUAGGACAGCCAAUCUGAAGUCUUGCCUCUGUAGAGUACCACCUAGUAAGUCUGGCUGAACAUCUUAUGUCCAGUAGAUUCAUGGUAAAAAUUUGCUAAAUGAAAUUACUGAUUGAAAUUUGGGGAAAGUGAAUAAUAAGACUAUCUAGGACAAAAAGCCAAAGCUGAAAAUAGUCUGUGAGUAUUCCAGCCCAGAGAUGAUCGCUACUAAAAGAAUCAAGGAAAUUAUAAAAUGAUAGACAGGGAAGGAUAGAAAAGACUUAACAAUAUACAUAUGUUCUGUCUUUGCUGUUUUGGAGAAUGGUGGAUAAGUGGUGUUUCCUGAUUCUGAAGCAUGGCUGAACAAUUUAAUUGUGGUUUACCAUCUUUUUGGUUCCCUCCCUAGUGACUGACUUAUCAAAAAGUCUGUCCUGAAUUUUUGAACUGGAGCACAGUUCCCUCCAUCACUUUGGGAGAAAAUCAUUAAUAUGGCAUACUGUAGAUCAGAGGGCAGGACCAUUGAGGGUGCCAUAGACAUUAUCUCUGUGGAAUUCUGCUAACAAUUUCCAAGUGAUGAUGAGAAAUUGUGGAUAUAUGAUGAGCUCGUCCAGCUUCCUGAGUACCACAUUCCCCAGCUACUUAGACAUGGAUUAAAAUAUUAAGAUGUCCUAGUUCAAAAGCUUGAAUUCAGUUGAUUGAUACUGAUAGUGCCCGUCCAAGAGACCAGCUGAAAGACUUGUUUUGUAUAUGAAAUAGUUCUGAAAGUUGUGAGAUACAAAACGGUUUUACAAUCACUGCCCUGUUUAGCAAAAUUGAGGGAAAUUAUUACAUUUAGAAGCUGCUGGAGUUAUCCAAUGUUUGCUGGUCUUUGCAACAAACUGUGGAGAAUGGGUGGUAUGUAAUGCCUUGGCAGGCUUCAAUCACUGAUAAAAGAUCAUGUUAAAAUA